AUGGGAUAUGAAUCGGAAUACAAAUGUUUUUUUUUUUAUCCAUUUGAUACUUAUCGACCUCGAGCACGUUUUGAUCGUCUUUACUUUCGUCCAUCAAAUCAGAAUACAAAACAAUUUAAACCAGUCUAUUCUGAACUUGAAGUUUUCGAAGAAUUACCAGGAAUAAAACGUUAUUGUUCAGAUCAUUAUGCUAUUCAAGCUUAUUUCGAUAUUUUAUCAGAUAUUUUCGUUAAACGACAAUUUAUUUUUCUCUUCUAUGUUGAUAUUUUUUAUAACAAUUAA